UGCUCCGCGAUCUAGAUGUGUGUUACGUCACGAGAUCUGUGGUCGACAAUAUGGCAUCCAGAUUGUGUUUGUCAACCGAAGAAGAAGUAAAUGCAGCGAUACUCGAACAUGAACUUGCCACCGGAACGCGCUAUGCAGCCAGUUCAUCGACGAAGGAUUUCGGCAAAUGGGAUGCAUGGAUCCCAGGCAAAUCGUUUAAAAUCCUUUGGGAAGGAAGAAUGCCAUUCAUUAAUCAAGGACGGAAGAGAAUUAUGUGCCAUCUAGGAAAGAAUCACAAUCGAAAAAGAGCUAGGAGGAAUGAAAUUUUGAGAAUGAAGCAGUUAGAGGCAAGCCAAGGAAAAGAUGUCAAGUCAAGGGUAAUAAUCAAACCCACAAAAAAGUUAGACUGUCCUGCACUUAUAGACAUCAGAGAAGUUGCUCUUUUCCCAAAGUUUGAGGCAAGUGAUGACUCUCAAGCAACUAAGGAAAAUCAAAAGAAACGCUUAAGGAUGGCUAUACAACAUGGCAGUGCUGUUUGGAAGAAGGCGUUCCUCUUCACACUACCUGGGAAGGAUGAACAUCAGAACCACCCCGUUGGUCUAGAAGGAGGUGCUCUCGAACAUGCGGACAAGCGACUCAUACAAAAAAUCUAUGAAAUUUGUUCCCAAGGUAUUACGGACACUCAUACAGUUAAAAAAAUGUUGCACGAGUAUGCACUGACAAUCUGUCCGGAUGUUACCAGUAUAUACAACAAGAGGUUCUUCCCAGAUGGUAAAAUUGUCAGGAACCACAUCAAACGAUAUGCAAAGAUUAAAGAAGAAAAGGAAAUCGAACAUGAUCAUCAAGAUGAUGAUGUUGGCGAUGACGAUACUGGAGCGGGUUACAGUGGCGGUGAAUCCUUUCAUGAUGAUGAUGGAAAUGAAGUAAUAAAGACUCAUCCAAGUGUAAGAAUAAAAGGAACAGAGGCCAACUAUCAGCCGGAGCAAUGUUUUGAUGCAAGCUGCAUAGACCGAGCCCCCCACAUGCAUUGCCCCUUCUGUGUGAAGUCCGAAUACUACACUGACCCUACCAUUCUCAAGGCACACUACCGAGUCAAGCAUGUUGACAAGGGGAUUGAGUUUGCUGGUCUGAAGGUCUUGCGCUGUUGUUCCAACUGUGAGAUUGUGGGAGUUAUAAAGGGAGAGAAGCGAUUUAAGGGAGCUCACUGGCACUGCUACAAGUGUAAGAAUGGCUUCAACAGGCGGGAUGAGGCGAUCAAACACUACAAGACACACUUCAGAAAUCCACAAACUACAUUCCAGAUUCAAAUCACACAGGACAUAAACCAGCCAGUAUCUGUGGGGUUUGAGAAUGAAGAGGCAGCAGCAUCCAUUCCUACUGAGGGUUUCUCCAUCCACUCCAUCCACUCUGGAUCUGUCAACCUUCACGACACCCUAAGUCCGUAUACGCACAGUUCGGACAUGUCUAUGACUCACCGUGGCUUGGACGGGAUGGUUACUGGGGUAGGGGCCAUUGAGACGGUCGGACUCAAUGACACACAAACAAUCAUGAUUAUCCAGGAUGAGAGUGGACACAUUCCAGCCUUGUCAGACUCCCAACAGGAAACAGUGUCAACAAGUCCCACCUAUAUCCAUGCCACACCCACCAUAGAUUCUACCUCCGAGCUAAGGAUCCAGCAACUACAGGACAAGGUUUCUGAGCUCGAAAGACAAGCUGCCAUAAGAGAAAUGAAAAUUCAAGCUUUAGAGGCAAAGGUUGCUUCCUAUAAAGCUCGAGAAAAAGAAUUGCUGGAGCAGAUGGCUCUACCAAAUGACAAAACCAUCCAGGACAUGUGUAAGACUCUUGAAAACCAGCACAAGGAAUUGAUCCGACAGCAGCUGAAACACGUCCACAACACUCUAAGGCUCACCUCAAACCAGUCCACACCUACUACCACUACAAAGAUGAUAAUACUCAACCCCAUGACCCAGUCAAUUCCUCAGGGAACUAGUCUUCUUAAUUCUGGUCUUGGUCAUGCUUUAAACUUCCACAGUCCACAGACUGUCAGUGUUAAUAUUAGUACACGGAAUGCGGAAGAAAGUAACUUGAUAGCUACCAUGAACCAAGAACAUGGCACAGAUAUUGUUGAGAGUGCUAUUCAGAGUAACAGUAUUAAUGAAGCUACUGAUGGCAUUGAACAGGACGAUGGUACAGAGAAAGUGGAACACUUGCACGGAAAGCAUGUUACUUUUGAUGAUGGUGAUAGGGUUUCAGAUCACAGUUAUGAUGAGUCGAUUGAAGUCCAUCUCCAAACUGAGUUUAAACAGGAUCAUGACGAAACAGUUGUCGAAGAAGUGGUUGAACCGGUCAGGAAAAAACCCCGAACAAGGUUGAUACGGAAAGAGGUUGCAAACCAGUAGCGAGUGAUUUGCACUUCCUACCAGUGGUAUAACAAAACAUUGGUAAUUGUUGAAUUUAUGAAAAAAGGUACAAUUUUAUCUUGUGAUGCUUCUCUAAGUGAUGCUUCUGUAAUGCUGCCCAGACCUUUGUGUUAUAAAGUGUAUUAUUGUUUGGUAUUAAUUAUUAUUUCAAACAGUGAUGAAUGGAUUUUGAAACAUGGCAUUAUAAUAGUGUUCAAUGAUAAUUAUUGCAGAAACUGAAUAUGGUCAAUGCAAGUUGUGGACAUUUGUUGAUAAAAUUGCGUAAAAUGGUCGUAAUACGAUUCAGAAAUAGUUUCAUUUAUUUAUAUUUAAAGCUAUUCAUCAAUGUUAAGUGCUAUCUUGGUAUGCCUAAUUUGAUUUGUGAAAUAAAAAUAGUUGUGUAUGCAAAAGACAGCACCUCAAAUAGCAUUAAACCUUUGUAGUCAGUUAUAGAAUGUUUAAAUUUUCAUAUGGGGCCAAAAAAAAUAAUUGUUUAGGGUAACCUUCCCAAAAUUUCUAGGUAGGGUAGGUAGGGAUUUAUUAAUUUUUAUUUUUUUUCAAAAUCUGUUAUAAGUUUAGAGUGUUUUCUUUCACAUGGCAGUCUUUCCUACAUUACUGUCAUUGCCUGACUUUGUUUUAUCAUAUAAACAAUAAUUCUGAUUAAAAUCUGCAUUUAUCCACUCUUCGUAACUCUCUAUUCGCUAACGAAUAUUUUUUUGCUCAGAAACGGAAAAAAUAGUUAGGGUCAGCGCAUUUUUAAAGGUAGGGUCGGGUUACCCGAAACGGACAUUUUUUUAGGAUUUUAGGAGAAUGAUCGACCUUCCAGGCCAAUAUCUACUUAGAAAUUUGUUUUGAGAAGAAUCAUAUUGUUGAAAUUUGUUAUGGUUACCUUUAAUUCUGAACAAUUGGUAUGUUGCUUUAUAUUAUGAGAUUAUUUUCUCAAGUUUGAGUUAAAUUUAAGAAAUGACAGUUCAUUUAUUGUCCGUGUUUUGGUGAAGAAAACUUAACAGGUAUACAUGCAACUUUGUGUGUUUAAAACUUAAUAUAAUAAUGGUAUUUACUUUGAAUGUUGAAGAAUUGGUAUUAAUAAACGAUAUAUAUCAUGUUUGGACAAUCAUUACUUGCACUAUAAAAAACAGAGGGUUGGCGGUAAGAAAUUAAUUAAAAUGUCAAGCAUUUAUUGUAAAUGUAUUUGCAUACAGGUCACGUUUCAAGGCACAUACAAAUG